AUGGCCUCUAAUUUAGAAGUCAUCUUCCUGUUUCUUUCGUUGCUUCAGUGUGGAGGGGGAAGUGUCCAGGUACAGCAGAAACCUCCAAUCCAAGUUGCACUGCUCAAGGAAGGAAUAUCCAUCCCCUGCGAAGUCAUCUUUCCUUACAUGCCGAAAUACACCAAAUUUGCAAUCUCCUAUUACUGGAUUAAUUCACUGGGCCAGAAAACAUCCAUCUAUAGUAGGUCGGAAAAUGUAGACAUCCCUUCUGGAAAAGAGAAUCAGACUGCUACCAUACCUUACAACUACCGAAUCAUGCCAUUUGAAAACACCCCUUCUACUGGCACAUACUACUGUGAGGUCAAAUGGAAUGACAUCCAGGAAAAGGGAAAGGGAGUUUUUGUCCUUGCAAGAGGUGACAGGAUUGUAACUUCCACUCACACUAUGAAUCUUUUGCCUUCUUUCUUACAGGUACAGGGUAUGUAGAGCAUCACUGCAACAGCUCUGCUUCUGUGGAAGAGAAAGGUGUUGUGCCCUAGGAGGAACCGGGUAAAUAUCCUGAGACAGAAGGUGGAAACACAGCCGCCUCCAGCCAGCCCACCACCACCACCACCUCCUGUCUAUGACUGCUUGGAUUUGCAGCAAGUUGAUGUCUAUUCUAGCCUUGAGAACAACGCAAGCAACCCAUCACCCAGAAGGAGUCCUUCAGGGAAGACACCUAAGAAGCAAGCAGCUCUAGAAGAAUCCCCUGAUACAUUGUAUGAGAAUAUCUAA